GGACAGGGGAGGUUUGCCUUGUUGCCUAGAUACGAACGCGGAUGGUGGCGUAUUUAGGAGUCUUUCUCUGAAUGAAACUGGCUUUUCGACAGCGGACAUUGUGGUUCUGGAUGUAACUGUCAUCGAGGAAUGACCUUCCUCCUGCUUGAGCCGGAAUGUCGCUGUUUUCCUUGACGCCGUUGAAGAAGCACUGGAUGUGAAAACAGCGCCAUUUCUGUCGGCGUCCAUGAUACGCGAUGCUACCGCAGCGGAUUCCAGAGCUCGAGCUCGGAACGGCAGCGGAAGAGAAAUAGCCGCUCCUCUUUCGCUGCUCCUCUUUACUUCAGCCCGCGGCAGGUUGUGCCGGUGAAGUAAGAAAUAGCCCCAACAUGGACCCCUCCAACUGACACGCAAACACAUCGUGUGUUUUGCUCUGCAGCUGAGAUCUAUCAGCAGCAUAAGCCAUGCCUGACGAGUAAAAUCCCCCGUUUGCUCAAAGCAAUAAUAAAAAAAAAAAAUCUACAUGCCUCCCCAUGUAGAGCCCCUUCAGUGCGUCCUGCUGGAGUGACUGCCCUCUUGCCAAGGUUCUGCUUCGUCCUCACUCUGUACCCUUCUCAACCGACCACCCUACAGUAACUACCCAUCACAAUGCUGCUCCACCUGAGAAUGGCCAACACCUGAGGUCCCAUGCGUCCAGUGAGCACCGAUUCAGACGGUCCUGCUCCUCCUGAAAACCUCUCUUGCCCCUUCCCCCUCGUGGGCCCCCUGCCUGCCUCAGAGAUGUCCCUGCUCCAAUCGCUGGGUCCAGUACAAAGCUGGCUCUGCCAGGAGCUUGAGAAGUGCGGGAUUGAUGCCAUGAUUUACACCCGCUACGUCCUCAGCCUUCUCCUGCAUGACAGUUACAACUAUGACCUGCAGGACCAGGAAAAUGACAUCUUCUUAGGCUGGGAGAAGGGAACUGGGAAGAAAUGGGGCAAGAGUAAGAAGAAAGGAGGGACCGACUUGAGUCUUGAGGAAAUGAAGAAGCAAGCUGCUGUGCAAUGCCUCCGCUCUGCAUCUGAUGAAAACUCUGGAAUUGAGAGCCUGGUUGAAGAGCUUUGCUCUAAACUAAAGGACAUCCAAAACAAACAGAAAGAGGAAAAACAGAUUCAAAAGAAAUCUGAUGGCUCUCAGUCCCCGGAGCGAGCUGAGUCCCCCUCUUCAAAAGACCAGGUGGAAAUGUAUUAUGAAGCCUUUCCUCCUUUGUCAGAGAAACCUGUUUGUCUCCAAGAGAUUAUGACGGUGUGGAACAAAGCUAAGGCCUGCGCAUAUUCAAGUUCAUCAUCUGCAGCCCCACAGACCAGCACAGACACCUCUUCCCCAAAAGAUUGCAACAGUGAAGGUGAGGCUGCGAAGGAGCAAAACCCCGAAGCAUGUUCUACCAUCACUACUGUGACCAACGAGAGAGGCCAGCAACGACGAAGCAAGAGGGAGAAAGAAAAUCGAUACCAUGGCGGUGCAGCAGCAGAGGAGAAAUCUACCGUCCACUCAAAAAGACAGACAAGACACAGACCUGAGGGCAAAUACAGACCCAGAUCCUGGUCUUCUGGCUCUAGUGAGGCGGGCUCCAGCUCAAGUGGGAACCAGGGUGACUUUAAGUCAUUCAGAAGCAAGGCAGUUAGAAUAAGGCACAAAUCCAGGGAGGCUGCAAAGAAUAAGAGAACACGCAACAGCGGGCAGGUGAAGCUACAGGUGAAGUUAAUCGACAGAGAGGAGCGUAGAAACACAGGAGGGAGCAGUAGCAGUGCCACUGGAGGCGCUGCCAAACAACCACAGCUUUGCAAAAAGGGGAAGAGACCUCUGAAGGAGAUUCGUAAAGAUCCAGGCUGGAAGGAGGGGAAAGAGUCCGGAGUUGAGGCCAGAAACAAAAAGGAAUACAUGGAGGAGCCCCUUUGGUACACUGAGCCCAUCACAGAGUAUUUUGUACCUUUCAGCAGACAAAGCAAGCUGGAAACAAAAUACCGAAACAAGGAAGACUCUCCUGAUGGCUUUACUUUGUCAGCCGACAUUGAGAGGCUGCCAGAGAGAAUCCAGGGAAUCUGCAUUGCCAACGAGAGCUACCACAGAGCUUACCUAGCAGCAGGCUCCUUUGUAGAUGGGCACUUUGUGGAAGGGCCUGGCGAAGCAGAAGAUGAAACUGUUGAACUCACUGGGACCUUAAGCUGCCCUCAGCCAGAGGAUAGUAGAGAUUUAGAUGACGAGCAUCUGUCUGAAUUUACUCACUUCUAUGAAGUUGACAUUUAUCAAUCCAUAUUGGAUACUAGUGCCUCAGACUCUGUACAAGAAAGUCGGAUCUUAAGCAUGAUUCGACAAAAAAGCAAAGAGCAAAGAGACGUUGAGGCAGAAUGUUGUUUAGUGUUAGAUGGCCUUGAGCAGCAAGGGAAAAGUGCAAUACGGGCAGACUCACAGGACGUUUCGGGAUCUAUUGGAUUCUUAAUGGAGGAUCUUGAAAACAUGGCUCAAGUGUGGGGAUGUUAUUCGCCAUCUACUUCAGAAGAUAUAGACGGAGAAAGCUUCGUAGGAGACUCUCCCAUUCGACUCUCCCCCCUUUUCGAUAGUGUUUCGUUUACUCUGAGCAAACUAUCUGGAAAUCUGGAGGAGCCACCUGUCCCUGAAGCCACCAGUGAACCGUCUGGUUUGAACUCAUCCUGCUUUUCUCUUUUUGAGUUGCAGUAUGACAGCCCCACUUUUCCUUUUCCCCGCGACUCACUCACCGUUGGUCAUGAAAACAACACAGAUUCUAGUAGCUGUCUUGACCCCCAUCCUCAUAAACAGUCUCGUUUGCUAAUAUGGACCAAAAAUAGUGCCUUUGACGAAACUGAACAAUGUUCUAACCUUUCAACGCGAACUUGCAGUCCGUGGUCCCAUUCAGAGGAGACUCGUUCAGACAACGAGCAAGGUAAUGUUCCAACAGAGGAUGCUGCUCAAAUUGGCAACGAAGAGAUUGUUUGUAUAAUCCCUCCUCUCUCUGGUACAUAUCUGGAGGAUGAAAUCUUGGAUUUUUUGCAAGAAGACCCAGGCCGUAAGUGUGAGGAUGUCAGUAUUAGUACAGCAUCCAAUCAGACCUUCACCAAAAAAUCUAAAUUGGAGUCCAUUUGUGGUAUAGCAUUGGAAGAGGAUAAGAGUGAACAGUACAGCACUGGCAUGUUUUCGGACAACACAAACCAACACAGUGAUGACUACAGCUCAGGGAUAAUAAAGGAUAUUUGGACUGCAAUAGGAGAUGACAAAUCUGUAAAGUCAAAGCAAGGAGCAGAAAAACCAAGCGAGGGGCUAUUCUCUGAUGAGUCAGGUGGUUACUGCUGCAGCUGUCUGGAAGUGCAGGCAAAGGGAGUUCCAAUUCAGGGGCCCCAGAAAAAAGCAGUGCAGCGCUCAGAGUAUCACCUUUGGGAAGGCAAGAAAGAAGAACAGGACUUAGCCAAAAACAAACUCUCCAAGGUAGAUGGUGCCGGGGAUUACAUGACUCCGUCCAAGCCCUGGGACUUGAACUCUGACAAGGAGAGUACAUCAUUCAUCCUAGGAGGGGUGUAUGGAGAGUUGAAGACACUAAGUGGUGAUAAGAAUUGGGCUGUUGUGCCGCCAAGUGACACCCAAGAUAGCCUGCUACAGUGUGCCGCUGCAGCUGCAUCUGCUUCCAGCUCAGAUAUGCUUACCAUCACUGGCACAGAUGUGUUCAUGAACACUGGCAGCUGCUUUGCCCCUGGGCACAGGCCCCUGUGGAGGCCUCUUGUGUCCUUUGGGCAGAGUGACCAGGCCAUUAAAGGAGGCGGAGAUGGAUUGAAUAAGGGAUUUUCUUUCAUCUUCCAUGAAGAUUUGCUUGGAUCUUAUGGAGGCUUGCAUGGUGAGGAGCAAGGUUUAGAUUACCCGUUUGCAUCCUUCAACCUGAACAAUCCCUUCUCUCAAGUCCUCCAUGUGGAGUGUUCUUUUGAGCCUGAGGACAUGGCAUCAUUCAGUCCAGGGUUCAAGCCCAAAUCUAUUCUUUGCUCGGACUCUGAGAAUGACGCCUUCCACCCACGAAUUUAUGGCAUCAACCGGACGCAGUACAGGGCAAUUCGCAUUUCCCCCAGGACUCAUUUUCGACCAAUAUCGGCCUCAGAGUUAUCUCCUGGAGGAGUGAGUGAUUCUGAGGCUGAAACUGACAAAGAGGAGAUGAAUUUUCCCGUCCUGGCGCCGGUGGACGUCUUUGAUGAUCCUCAGGCAGACCUCAAACCUCUGGAGGAGGAUGCAGAAUGUGAGGGCCCUUAUUACGGGAAGUCAGAACUGGAAUCUGGUAAAUUCUUACCCAGAUUAAAGAAGUCUGGCAUGGAGAAGAGUGCCCAGACCUCUCUGGAUUCACAGGAGGGUUCCAGUACCCUCCUGCCAAUUACUGAGCAAGAGAUAUGCUUAGACUGCAAAACGGCAGCAGCUGCACCCACUGCAGGUGGACAAACCGACGUCUCAGUCGGCAAGAUUCAAAAGAAGGAAUCUUCUGGAGAAAAGCAGUCCUGCUUAUCUGCACCAGCAGGUCAGAUCCACAAGUAUGGGGUUGCUUAUGAGUUUGUUGGAGAUGUGCCAGAGUUCCCUCUGUUAAAUAUAAGUGGACAGGGAGGAACUGGCAACCAGCAAGACGAGUGCUGGUGGCAGAGCACUCUCUGUUCCCCCCUUUUCCCUGGAUCUCAGUGUACAGGGAGCAGCAACAUUUGAAUACUCCAGUUUUGCAGAGGAGACCUGUCAUAGAGAGGAAACCUUCCUCUCCUUUUGUGACUGGACCUCCAUCAGCAAAGAUUCAGGGUCAUCUCAGAGCUGGAAAAACCUAAUGUAGGCUCAUUUUCUGACACACACCCCUUCAAACAAACCCACACAUAACCUUGCUGGUAUUCAUUUACUAACUUAAAAACCUUGUGUAAUCAACAAUCAGAUCAACAAAAAAGCGAGAGAGAAAUAGGAAAACUCCAAAAAUAUGUUUCUUUGAGUGAUGCAAUGUGCAGACAUGAAUUUUAGGCAUUUUAGAAUGUGUUUAAUUUGAUUCAUCUGUACAAUGGUCCUCAUUCAAGUCUCACAGUUAGGUAGUAGGGACAAUCUUUUGUUCUAUUCUCGUCCGUUUUGUUCCCACCAUUUUGCUUUUGAGCCAAGAUACUGGUUGUUGGUGGUAUCUGAAUGGUUGUGCAUGUAUGUUCGUCCAGCCAGUCUCACUCCUCUUUUUCCUAGUUGAACAUAAUCUCGUGUGAUACGACUGCUAUCGCAUCCUCUACUUUCCAUCUUGUGUUCAGAAAGAUAAUAUAAGGAUGUUGAGAUUUUUGAGUUGUGGAAGCAUUUGAGCAGUUUAAUUUAUAUAGUUGGUUUUGGAAGACUUUCUGAAUGUGAAGUAGAGAAUGUGUGCAGCUUUCUUCUUUCCAUCCCAAAAUUCCCCACGUGUGAAAAGUUAUCAUAAAUGAGUCUGAUUUUUGAAUUGUUAUAGUUAUACAAAAGCUAAUAGUAGAAAUAGUAUGGUUUGUGAGGCUAAAAUUAAAAAAAAAUCCUUUAAAAAAAAAAAACGGAAAUCUAAAGUUUUGUUGGAAAGAAUACUAAUAAUCUACUUGAAAUGCAACGCUGUAAAAGAAUUGGGGAAUAAAAAGAAAAAAAAGUUUGUGUACUGGGUUGAAACAUGAAAAAAAACGUAACUACAGCCAUUUCUGCAGACACCUGUGUUGCAACUGAAUGAAACUCUUUGUUUUAAUUUUUUUUGUAAUUUCUAUGGUACAGACUAUUGGUGCUAUAAAUAUGUUCAAAACCCUUUUGAAUUUGCAGUUCCACAAUACGGCUGUGAGAAGUAGAUGGCAUAGCCUAGUUUUCUUUGUAGUCCAGACAGUCAGACUCAUGAAUAUCUUUUUGCGAAAAUUGUGAAAAGAAGAAAAAAAAGGUUAAUGCUUAAGCUCUUGCUUAAUGUGUCUUUUUUUUUUUUUUUUUAAGCUCUUAGUUGUCAGGCCUGUAACAACUGAAGCAGAAAUGCGUGCAGAUAAUAAAUCUCACGUUGUUACACAUCUUUUCAGUUACUUGACCCCAAGCAAAAAGGACAAAAACCAGCACUGACUGAUGGUUGUCCAUGCUGCAACUAAACAAAUGUCUAACAAAACAAGUGGCGGGGUGUUGGUCAAACCAAAAACAUUUAUUAAUUACACUAAGGUACAAAAUGUUUUUUUUCCUAUAUGAGGUGUGUUUUUAUUUUUUGGGUUUACAAUAUAUCUUGUUGAAAUAUUGAGUAAUGUCUCACUGUUUGUGUGUUGGCAACAGAACUUGUGAAGGCACUGGUUCAGAAUGAGUGUACUAGACCUUUAUCUCAGAUAAACGUGAAUGUAUGCAGAGACAUGCAGUACAUUCACUACAAAUGCAAAUGCAUAAGUGCCCCCCUAAAUUUGAAACCGCCUGGAAAAAAUAGCUAUAACACGAUUUGAGGGAUGGUUGGACUGGCCCUUCUUGUGACCUGUGCUUUGAAAAUUAAAUUAAGUCAAAGCAUCUGCAGAGAAAUGUAUUGUGCAUUUCUUACCUUUUCGAUUAAACUUAAAAAAAAUGUAAACCGGUUAUGAGGACAAUAGCAGGGUGACUUAUUUUUCACAUACCAUAAAACUGAAGCACAGACAACUGAAAUCAUCUCUCCAUUAAUGGGCAAAGGAAACCGGUCAGCAGUGUGAGCAGACUCAGUAAUGCACUGUCGCAGGUGAAGGUGUUUCUAUUGCGCGCAUGGCUUUGGAAAAUUGCUUCCUCAUUUACAAAUGCAAAGAUUGUAUGGUUUGUUAAAUCCAAUGCCACUUCAGUUGAACCCCCCCCCCCCCCCCCCCCCAAGUAGCUGAAUGAAAGGUACUCCAACUUCUGGGUCUUGUCACCUUUCUUUGACAGUCAUCAGACACUCAGGAAUUUUUUAAUAGAAGCAUACUGCAUAAUCUACACUCAGACCUGUGACAGUGCAUUGAUGCAUCCAUGUAAAAACCUUUCUUUGAUUGUAGAGCAGAAAUUAUUGACAUGAGUUCUUUUUAAGCAAACCACAGAGGUGACUGUCAUUAAUUUAGAGCUAUAGCUUUAGGGGGAAAAAAAGAACUAAGCCAUUGUAGAUUGCAUACGCAAUGUGGAGGGGAACCCAAGAGCCCUGGGAGUCCUAUGCAAUACCUUGGCGCAUGUAAACAUUCAAGAAUAUAUGGAGAGGCAGUCAUUCAGUUAAUUUUUGCAUGUUUAUUACUUUUGAGUGAGGGACGCCUGGGAGAAAACAAAUGAUUGACGGUCUCUAAAAAUGCAGCAUGCAAACAUCACACUUGUUGUUUUUUUUUAUGUUGGAUUUGACAAAAUCUUUUGGUUGAAU